AUGGUUAUCUUUAUGAGGUCGCUAGAACUGCCAUUCGAAAUACUUACACAAAUUGCUGAUGAUCUAUCGACAAAGGACCGGCUGUAUUGUGCCCUUACCUGCAAAACAUGGAGAUACCCAUUUCAAAGCUCUCUGUGGAAAAAAAUACGAUUUUACUCCCCUGAUGACGUGCAAACACUUAUCAACAUCGUUAAAGCUUCCCAAAAUGUACAAACACCACACGGCUCCUGUGUUCACAGUCUACGAAUAGGUUGUCAUUACAAUGCGACAGAGAUAUCAGAUAUAAAUUUCUCUGGCCUAUUCAGAUACCUACCAAACAUGAAGAGCCUGCAUCUAGAAAAUAUAAGCUAUGAUGACAUUGACACAGAUAUAACAAGAUCAGACAAAAUAUGGAAGUCUCUGGAAAAUUUAAAAAUACAUUACAAAGGAACCAGGCAAAAGAAGUCAGCAAAACCACUCUUUGAACUUAUAAAUGCGUGUGUCAUACUCCAGAAAUUAGAAAUAUCUGCUGGAUGUAACGGUUAUCGCAUGAAAUUUAGUGUAGAUGACUUUGAAAGCAUGCACCAACACUUACAAGACCUAUCGGCUAUCAAGGUUGAUAUAUAUCUCAGCCCUGACUUUUCGGCUAUAUUGGAUAAUAUCCCAGACAUAACACUGGCUUUCUCCGUGACAUCCGUAGAAAUAAAUUCGAAAGAGUACAAAUACGUAGACGAGUACGGAAGUGCAAGUCGAAAUAACUGGAAUCCUUUGUGGCUGUACUACUUUAGCUUAAAGUAUCCAAACUUGCGUUCCCUAAAGCUAAACAUCACAGAUACAUGUAGUACACCUAUAAAUUCAGACGAGAGACAAGCACUUAUAACUCUUUUUCACUCCAAUCCAAACGCAUUCCAACACCUGGAAACAUUCGAUCUAAAGACUGACAGAUAUUUCGAGCAUUCUGACUUUAUUUUAUGGGAAUUGUUUUGUGCAUUAAAAACUCCCCUCAAGCAUUUGAAGUUAGAUACAACAAAAUAUGGCCAAGUGGACCCUUCAUACCCGAUGAAUGUUAACAGAAUUUUGCAAUCCUUUUCUGGAACACUCGAGAGUUUAUCAGUCAAAGGAUUUAUAUAUAAUUAUACGAACGAAAAUACGAUUCUAGAACUAUCUUCUUACAAUCCGCUUUUGACAGACCUUUGCAUCAGUGGUAGCAACAUGUCUCUUAAUCUAAAUGAUAUAUUGGACAAUUUCGUGUCCCUCAAACAGCUAAAAAUUGAUGGCGGAACAUUUCUUAGUAAUCCAUAUACGACAAACGGCGAGUCAAAUCAGCGGGAACAACAGGAGCAGAAGCAGAAGCAACAUGAAUUGCAGAUUUUGACGUUAAAGAAUUGCGCUGUAACGGCUGAAAUUUUUAAUAUCCUCUCGUUCAGGUGUAGAAAACUGAAGCAUAUAACUUUGGAUACUGUGGUAAUCAAUGGAUAUAUUUGCAAAAAAACCGGGUGCCUGCUACUCGAUAUGUCGCAUAUUUUCUUAAAGACUCUGCGCAUUGGCCAGGUUCAAUACAGCACAUCACACGAAGAAUCUGAUAUAAAUAAUAAUAUCUGCCUUACACUUCUGUCCCAAUCAAAUGGUCUUCAAAUAUCGGAUGAAAAGAAUGAAAGAGAAAAAAAGAAGAUAAAUUCAGAAUACCCUACAGUAACAAGCCACGCUAUUGAUUGGAUCUAUGCAUAUGAGUACUUUGGGAAGUAUGGAGAGAGCUACAUACAGACUACAAAGCUUUCAGAUAAAGGUGCCAAUAUUGCACUUGAAUACUAUCAAAACUUUCAGUCCAACAAAACCAGUCAAACAUUAGAAGAUUACAGCUCAUAUGAUAAUGAAGACCCAGAUAUGGACAGGAAAUGCGAACUUUACAAAGGAUACACCGAGUUGAGAUUUGGCAAGAUUGAAGCUGUUCAUGUUAUACGUAUAUUAUACAGAGACUUGUAUUAA